ACCUCGUUUUGGAGUCUGACUUUGGGGUCGUGCAUAAAUAUUAAGAGAGGUCUAUUGUGGCAUAGAACUCGAGGAAGCAGGAUGUGUACCAAGUACAUUCACAGGUGUGGCUCAAAGAUAAUGAAGCAACUCUCCCUCCGAUUUCUGUUUGCCUUGGUGCUCAGCUGUAUGCUGGUAAUAUACUUUACCAGGGAUAUGAUUGGAAACAAAGAUUCUUCUCCACUCAUCCCUGAUUGGGGAAAGCAGGGAAAGAAUGUAUUGCGUUCUGGGAUUAAACUGACUGACCGAAGUAAACAGCAUAUCAGCUCUCAUGAUAGUUCACUUUCGCUGAAUUCCUUGCAGAGUCAUCUGUCCGGCGGUACCAUUAUCUCUUCUGGGUACAGCGCUGGUUAUAGAACCAUGCCGGCCAUUCAUCUGAGUGAUGGUGAAGUGAGGAGUUUGAAACUGUUGCGAAGGCUACAUGUUAUAGAAGAAGCCACUGUUCCUGUUUCUCUAGAUACUAAAGUUAUUCUAUGGUAUGUCCCAACGAGAUAUCACCCAGUUUUAUCUCAACUUCACAAGCUUCGCCAUUGUCCGGAAGUUAAGUGUCGAGUGACAACAAACAGGGCAUUUUAUAAUCAAAGUGACGCUCUUGUGUUCACUGCACAGCUUAUUCGAGAUUAUAAACCUCCUCCUAAACUACCGAAUCAAGUAUGGCUUCUACAUAAUCACGAAUCCCCUCACCUCUGGGCUAGACAUAUGAAUCUUUACAAUGAACACUGGAAAGACACUUUCAACUGGACAAUGGACUACCGAGAAGAUGCCGAUGUAAGAGCUCCAUAUGGAUAUUUCGAAAGAGACAAAAAUGGCAUGUUUCAUAAAAGGACAGUAUCUUUGUCAAAAAAUUACACAAAUAUUUUGGCAUCAAAGAAAGGUGUUGUUGCCUGGCUGGUGAGUAAUUGCCACACUAUGAGCCUACGCCAUAAAUAUGUUGCGGAGUUGAACAAAUAUGUCAGGGUCGAUAUAUUUGGCGAAUGUGGUUCGAAGACAUGUGCAAGAUUAAAUGAUAGCUCUUGUCUUGAAACAAUUGGAACAGAGUAUAAGUUCUACCUCGCCUUUGAAAACGCUUUCUGCAAAGAUUAUAUUACAGAAAAAUUCUUUCGUUAUUACAACGCAAACAUGAUAGUGAUUGUUCGGGGAGGAGGAGAUUACAGAAGCGUAGCUCCAGAGGGAACCUUUUUGAACGCAGCAGAUUUUGAAUCGCCCAAGGCACUGGCAAAUCACAUCAAUAUGUUGGAUAAGAAUGACGAGGAAUAUAUUCAACUCGUUCGUCUCAAAGACCAAUAUGAACCCAUUUUUGAAGAAUGGCCUAUUGUACAGAAUGGAGUCAUAACCUAUAUGGCAUAUCACAGUGAUGCCAGAGCAAUGUGUGAAAUAUGUGAUAGGCUGUGGAACAAGGACAAGUAUAGGAAAGCAUACACGGACGUAGGAGUGUGGUUCAAGAAAGGAUUGUGUUAUUAUCCAAAAGACGUUUAGUUGAACUAAGUCAAUAGUUUCAUCACACUUAAAGCAGUGAUUUUAAUUAAGUAAAUAAAGUAUGUAGGGAAGUUGG